GGCAGCACAGCACAACUCCGAUCGACCGACCUUUCCGCCGGGCGAACGGCCAGUCUUGCAUUGCAAUCGCGUAUGAUUGGCCAAAAACCCACCAAUCCGACGGUCGUUUACAAAGACGAUGACGACGGUGCUGGCCGACCUCGUUGUCGAGUUCCUCGAGGUCGGGGUCCACGAAUUCAUCUAUGGCUGGCAAGUCUACCCGCCAGAGCUCUUUGAGCGUUGUCAAAAAUACAGCGUGCCCGUGCAUGUGUGUCGUCAUCCCGCGCUUGGCGAGUACAUUCACACGAUGCUUGAGAGCUGUCGCGCGUGGAUCGUCGACGGGCGACUGGACAAGCUGCACGUCGCGAUUCUUGCAGCGUCGGGCGAGGUCCUCGACACGUGCGUCUUUGAGGUCGGCGUCCACGCCAGCGCCAAGGGUGAGAUGCCGCUUGUGGCAAUUGAAGAGGCCUUUCGGAAGGCACUUGUGCACAUCGCGUCGGCGCCAGCGGUGGCGGUCGCACCGGCGGGCACGCCGUUCACCAAGUCGUUUCGCUUGUAUGUCGAUACCUACGAAGAGAGCGCGGCGCCCGAGACAAGGGUCCAGGAGGAGCUGCAAAAUUCGUGGGUGCUUACGCCAGACGAGCCGUAUGUGCCAGGUCGAGCGCUGUACCCAAUAGCGUCGACAGCAUCCGCGCUUCCCUUGCGCCUCAACGUCUACGUCGUCCGAGAGCCGCCAUUGACGGGCGAACCCAGUAUGGCAACGACGCCGUGAUGUAGCAUUACGCGCCGAGAAACAAUCCAGCCAAGUUGAACUUUGCGGUAAUACUGUGUAUGUACAGUGUAAAAGACACUGUAUGGAAGAAAGACACCGAUGUACUAGU